AGCUGCUCUUAAAACUUCAAGCACUGUUUUUGGUAACUCGCUGGGAAUCUUGACCAUGAUACGUUUCUCUAACUUGCUUUUUGUUGUUGUAAUGACAUUUGGGAUCUCUGAGUUCUGCUCUGCAGGACCUCUUCAUGCACAGUGCAAAGUGGAGUGGUAUUUCGGUUUGCCUUGUAGGAGUGUUUAUGAGGCUCUUGUCACACAGAUUAAAAAGUGGAAAACAGUGUCGACCUGUGCCACCGGAGGAGAGAAAUGCCUCUACAAGUUGCAGUCUGCGUCUGUGCAUUUUAUUUCAGCCAAACACACUACAGCUACAAAGAAAGAUACUGAAGACAUCAACUUCAGACUCGUCUCUUAUGGUUUCUUUACACACUGCCAUGUAUCGGCCAUGUCAGUAUCAGAGAGCUGGUAUGCUGUCACGGAUCAAGGCACCAACUAUUGUAACCUCUACAACUUAAUAGAGGGCAGUGGACUCACUGAAGCUCCAGGAUAUAAAGAGAUCACAAGUGACUUCAUGUGCACCCAGCGGUCAUUUGCCGAUUGUUCUGUGUAUUAAUGCAAACCGAUUGUACAGUUGUACAAUUUAAAAUGUUACAAAGUUUGCCUUUUGUUGUUGUCAUCACAAUAAAAGAUAUUGCUUAU